AUGACAGUCCUCUUGGUCAUGGGACUCCCCUGGGAGCCUGGUGAGUGCUGGUGCUCGGACGAGUCUCCCCCGCGGGGCAGUCCCGGGUGCCGAUGCCUUCACCGGCGGCAGGGAGCAGCUCCACACCAGUUCUCUCUCCGUGAGCGCUGGCAUCGAGCCCGGCCGCCUUUCACUGCUGCCUUUUCAUUCGCCUUAAUUCACUGCGUUUCCUUUCUUGCUGCUUGCGAGGAACAGAGGGAGAGCUUGUUCCAGCAGACGGGCCCCAUCCGCUCCACCCGGCUCUUGCUGGAGCGAGGGCUGGAAAAGAGGGAUGGAGGCGAAGGGGUAUCUCCCACCCCUCCGGGGCCCCGCGUGCCGCCUGCGCGCCGCUUCCCAGCAAAUACGGGUGCUAAAACACUACCCCAGCCAUUGGAAGAUCAGGGGUUUGUGACAUGGAGGAGGAAACCUGGAGCCAGUAACACUGAGAUCAUCAGCUGGAUUGUGCCAGAUGUGACAGAGGAGGCUGGAAAACCUCAGGCCGGAGGACACACUCCAACCCGGAGGACAAGGAGCCACAUGCAGAUCUGCUCCUUAGCAGUAAAGCAAGGUGCAGCCUCUCUGUGCCGGGCACUGCGGAGCACACAAAUAAACACGGUCCUUGUGCUGGAACUCGCCGCCCCGGCUGACCGGCAGUAACUCGGCGUGGACCCGACCCAAAGGCUCUUUCCCGGGCAGGGAAAGCAGCCCUGCGAGCCCCCGCGCCGUCCCGCUGGCCGGGGCUUGGCAGCGGGGGCUGCGGGCUGACA